CUAUAUACAGGCAUGGGAGCUAAAGGAGUUGAUGUACUUUCUUUGUUGAUCUUGAAGGAAGACACGUCGCAUUACAGAGAGAAGCAACAAUGAAGUUUGAGAAUGUUCUUGAUGAUAUUAAUGGAUUUGGAAAAUUCCAGAUAAUGAUCAUUGUGCUCAGCUUUCUAGGUCGCUUCACGCUUCCCUGCCACUUCAUGCUCAAUAAUUUUGUCGCAGCAACACCAGCUCACCACUGUGACAUCAGCUCUCUGGGUGAUUUUCUGAAUUUAUCUCAGGCAGAGAGAAUUAUUGUGAGUGUCCCAGUGGAGACGGAUGGGAGUCCGAGCUCCUGUUGGAUGUUUGCGAAGCCUCAGUAUCAUCUGUUGCUUAACUCCUCCGAUGUUAUUGAUGCACCCACUGAGCCGUGCCAGAACGGAUGGGUGUACGACAACACAACCUUCAAAUCAACUAUAACCUCGGAGUGGGACCUUGUGUGUGAUAGAAGAGGGAAAAAUAAAGCAACAACCACCAUCUUCUUUGUUGGAGUAAUGUUUGGAGCCAUAUCUUUUGGAAGUCUAAGUGACAGGUUUGGGCGCAGGAUCAUGCUCCUGGUGUCAUAUGUGUCUAGCAUGCUGUUUGCUGUAGCAAGCGCAUUUUCUACGACCUACGUAAUGUUUGCAGUUUUGAGGUUCUUCACUGGGUUCUGCAUCACUGGCAUUGUCAUCGUCUCAGUCACUCUCAGUUUGGAGUGGGUGGACAUUGAGCACAGGAAGCUGGUGGGCCUGAUCGAUGGUUUAUCCUGGUCAUUUGGCAACAUAGUAUUUUCAGCCAUUGCCUACUUUGUGACUGACUGGCGUUGGCUGAUUGUCAGUGUUACAUCACCUUUAAUCUUAUCCAUCAUCACUUGGAGGUGGAUGCCUGACUCAGCAAGGUGGCUCAUUGCCAGUGGAAAACUGGAGCAGGCUCAGAUGUACCUGAAAAAAUGUGCCAAGAUGAAUCGAAGAGAAGAUUUCAUUCACACGCUUAAAGAAGAGACAUUAUCCACUAUUGUAGUGAGGGAGACAAAAGGACGAACUUAUACCUACCUUGAUUUGAUUCGAACACCAAAGAUGAGGAAGCUAGCCCUGCAAACUGGUGUAUUAUGGUUUUGUGUUGCAACAACGUUUUACGGCAUCAGCUUCAACAUCACAGGCUUGGGCAUCAAUAUGUACCUUACUCAGUUUACCUUCGGUUUAAUUGAAGUGCCAUCCAAAGUAUCAGUUUACUUUUUGCUAGAUAAAAUAGGCAGGCGCAACACUGAGAUGGGAGCUCUGCUGUUAGUUGCUCUCUGUCUCGGAAUCAACAUUGUGAUACCAAAAGAUAUGUCUGUUGUCAGAACAGUUGUUGCAAUCGUUGGAAAGGGGUUUUCGUCAGCCUCCUUUGGAACUGUUGUGCUGUACAGUUCUGAGCUGUAUCCAACUGUAGUUAGGCAGAAUGGAAUGGGCUACAACUCCUUCAUGGCUCGGCUCGGAGUUGCCGUGUCUCCUUUGAUCCUGUUACUGGACGACGUUUGGAAGGAACUUCCGCAGGUGGUCUUGUGCUCAACAGCUGUACUGGGAGGACUGGUGGCGAGGACGUUGGCAGAGACACGCAACAAGUGUCUGCCAGAGACAAUUGAGGAUAUUGAAGAAAAAAAACCUCAUCAGAACAAGUAGAUAUUUUCAGUGCAAAAUGCAAACUGGGAGUUUCGACUAUCUGAUUUGAGCACAUUUGUUUGCAGUUGAAUGGAGAUAUGAUUUAUCUUGAAGAGUUGACAUUACUUUAAAAUGUUUUCCUUGCCAGCCAAUAAUAGGUCUUAUGUCACAGCCUAACCAUCAUCUUGUCAUCCUUGGGGAUUUGAUUUGCAACAGUAAAGUAUAGGGGUUACCAUACCCUUGAUUAAGAAUGCAUUACAUACUGUAUAUUUGUGAAAUACCUCAAAAAAUAAAAACCUAAAAUAC